UCUAAAUUUUAUUUUGUGUUUUUUUCAGACACGAUGGAUAUCGCUUGUAAAUUUUGUUGGUCAAAAUUUAGCAAUGUAGGAGUUUAUCAAAGACACAUGCGCAUCCACAGAUUCAACUCUACUUUUGUGUGCGGUCUGCAGGGCUGUAAUAUUACGUUAAAAAAAUAUCCUACUUUCAUAUCACACUUGAGACGUUCGCACUUGCAUGCACCAAGCACAAGUAGUUUUGAGUACAAAUGUACUGCUCUUCAAUGUAUGUUUUCGCACGAAAGUUUUGAUGUUAUUACUAAACAUCUCAAAGAUCAUUUGGCAGAAGGUGUUCCAGUGUAUUGCCCCCUAAAAUGCAGGAUAAAACCGUUUAAAACUUGUAACGCGUUGAAAAUACACAAUAUAUACUAUCAUCGAACCAUCAAACAUUUCAACGAAUCGGUAGGCAGGGUUGAAUCGUGCAGUACAACCAAUUUAUCAGAAUCCAAGAGCACAAAUGAAUCGAAUACAACAUUAGUCGAAAACGAGCACAUUUCAAAUGCAGCGAAAUCUUUUGGAGUUAUGUUUUUAAAAUUACUGUGUAAACACCACGUCACGAGCGCUGCGGUCCAACAAAUUGUUGACGCUAUGGUAGAGCUUACAUCAUCCCAAGAAGAUUGGAAUCGUCACAAAAUUUCUGUAAUUUCGCAAAAAUUCCAGUUAUCGGAAUAUGAAAGUAAUGAAAUUUUACAGGACUUUGGAUCAGAAACUGUUAGUACCAUUUUAUUCAAUCCAGAUAAUGGAAUGUUUCGCUCCGAACAUAUGCGCCAAAAAUAUUUUAAAGAGAAUUUUUGCUAUGUACAACCAGUAGAAAUAGAAAUUUCACCCAACAGUGGCCGUUACAUUUACUAUGUACCUAUUUUAAAAACCUUGGAAUCAUUGUUUAACGGAGGAUUAAGAUUGACGCCAUCAACUUUAACGUCCAACAACGGUUUCAUGACAAACUAUACAGAUGGUCUUCGAUUUUCAACAACUAGAUUAUGCCGAGAAGCUAACAGUGUACACAUAUUCUUAUAUCAAGAUGGAUUUGGAACUGUAAAUCCAUUAGGUGAUGCAAAGAUGCGUCAUAAAAUGGUUGGAGUAUAUUUUACCAUUGGAAACAUGCAUCCAGCUCUGAGGGCAAAGGCAGACAACAAUUUUUUAGCCCUAUUGUGUUUUGAAAAAGACUUGAAAAAGUAUGGAGUGGAUUCUAUCUUCAAGGUACUUAUCGACGACAUGAAAGUAUUGGAAACGAAAGGACUACGAGUAAUUAUUGAUAAAUGUGAUGUAAUGGUACAUGGUACAAUAUUUGCACUGCUUGGUGAUAACCUAGGUAACAAUAAUAUUCAGUCAUCAAAUGCGAAAUGAUACAAUGUAUUUUUCUUAGGUACACAUCAAAUGGCUGGCUUAGUCGAAAAUUUCUCAACGCACCAAUAUUUUUCACGGUACUGCUACACGACCUUGAGCGACUUUCGGCGCACUCCCUUACAAGACUGUGAAAUGAGGCAUCAAGAUACCUAUGAACAGGAUCUAUUAGGCUGCUUAAACAGCGGGAAACCGACUAGAGGCGUUAAGACUUCCACUAUUUUUAAUGAUCUUCAAUAUUUCCAACUAUUUGAACUUGGGAUGCCACCUUGUUUAGCCCAUGACUUAUUUCUUGGUUGUUUCAAUUAUGACAUCAUGCUAGUGUUUCGACGGUUCAUCAGAAAUAAGCUCGUUGGAGAGAAAUAUCUACAAAGCAGACUAAAUUACCUCUUAAAGAAGUUUGAGCUGAACUCUAAGAUUAGCCUCAAUUUGAACAAGAAAUGUGUCACCAGCAAAGCAAUAGAUGUUUGGCAUAUGAUCCAAAUAAUACCAUUAUUGCUGCUCAAACUAACACGUCUGCACGAGGAUCCUGCAUUCAAGCUCAUCAUAAUGUUGAAAAACAUCACUGAUAUUGUGACUGCUCCUUUGAUUUCUUCAAGACAAGUUGCAAUGCUCAAACUUGAAAUUAGUCACUAUUUAGAAAUCAGAUCAUCGCUUUUUAUGUCUCCUUUGCGACCAAAACAUCACUACCUUUCACAUUACCAUCAUCUUAUCCUCCAGUAUGGCCCACUUAUGCAAUUUAGUACUUUGAGCGGUGAGCGGAAGCAUUCAUACUUCAAAACAGCAUUGCGGCAUGCAGGAAAUUAUAAAAAUGUCUUGAAGCUUUGUAGUGAAAGACAUCAGUACUUGCAAGCUUAUUUAAGUGCGGAUAAGCAGAGAUUCAACGAAAAAAUCAUCUACGAAGGAACCAUGCGUACCUGCGAAGAUUUGAAUAAAAAUGAAAAGCAACUUAUGGAACUGUUUAAUUGUUAUGGAGAAAACUUCAAGUACACAGAUUCUGGUAUUUGCUUGGGUACGACAAUCAAAGUUGGAUACUGUUUAUUCAUGGAGCAUGAUGAGUUCGAGGAUUUAUUCUACAUAAUUAUGAUACAUGGUAUCAUUUUAAACGAUACUACCGACGACAUUUUUGUUUAUGGAGAUAAAAUAAGUGCAUCAUACUUCACGGAGAUGGGAAUCCCAGUUGUUCAGGAUCAUAGUACCGAAGAUGUAAACUGCGUUAAUUUGAAAGACCUUCCCGAUAUCACUCCGCUGAAGUUAUACAGAUGUCAAGAAAAUACUUAUCUGUUCAAUAGUCAUGCAAUUCCUAGAAAAUAAGCAUGUGUUCUACGAUGUCCCGACUUAUACGUAUAUGUGAUUCCCAAAGAAGGAAAUCGUUUGUUAAAUGUUGCCCCACUGUUGCAAAUGUUUUAGAAAAAGGUCGUACACAUUUUGAAAAAGAACUCACAAGCAUCGUUUUGGAAGCAGAUGGAUCCAUGAUCGUGGAAGAUGAAGUGCUGGAUUUGUAGUCAUCAGAGGGAUUGAGUUUCAUGUUGCUGGGAAAUUCCGAGGAAUGGAGCGAGAAAAACACGACGACGAGCGUUGACGAGAAUAAGAAACAUGACAUUCAGCAAACUCAGACUUUCCAAGAGCCGUCCCGUUCAUCGAGUGUUAUGGAUUCUACGUUAUCCUCGAUAGCCUCAAUAGAACUAGCGGAAUGUGACGCUGUGUUUGGCAAUGUAUCAAAUGUGUCUACACUGGAAGAUCCAUUGGCUCUACCGAAUUUGUCAUGUGGUGACAAACGGAAACUGGCCGAUUCUGUUGAAGAAACUUCGAACAAACGUACUAAGGACAUAUCCACGGAAACAUUGGUUACAUGUAAUGUCUCUGAAAUUGAGGAAGAUAAGUCAUCGUUGCAAGAAAUGGAAACAGAUUCGCAGGAGAAAGAGAUAUCAUCUAAAACCGUUGAUCAAAAUCGCGUUCCGAGAAUACAACAAUCGAUUAAACACGACCUUUCCGCGCCGCUGAAAUUGGCUAACUUUCAAAUCAAUUGGAAAAUCCUACCAAGCGAUGUAAUGCACCAACUUCAAGGCCAUGAACCAAGUGCUGGAUAUCGUGGCAUAUCCGAAACCAACUAUAAUCGCCUGGUCGAUCAUGUAACUGCACAACUCCGAACAAUUACCACGAAGAUUCCGUUCAGCAUCUUCAAGAAACACGCACUAAAGAUAACGACGGAAUAUUCAGUUCUUCGAGAUUACAAUGACGAUGGAGACGUAAUCGGUGAUGGAUCCAACAGUUUGGCUGACAAACUAAGAAAUCACAAUUCCUAUUUAAAUAGAACCCGCAGGACCGAAAAACAAACUACUCAUAAUAAGGGUUGUUCCAACCGUCAAUGUAAAGCAGGGAUAAGAGAGGAAUACUACAAAUCUGGAAAAACAUAUUGUAGUAAGGAACACUUGAUGCUAUUAUCUCGGAAUAAUCCCGAAUCUAUGCAGUUGAAUGACGAGGUGCUUACUAGUACUGAAGCCUUCAUUCGAUAUAAAAUUGACAGCUCGAUGACAAUCGAAAAGUUGUGUCAAGAAAUACCUAUGAUUCGGCGGAAUGAGCUAUUGAAUUACCAUUUUUUCAAAGGUACAGGGGUUGAUGCAGAAACCUUCACCACCAACUUCGCAAAGAAAAGGACAAAAUUAAUAAAAGUUGCCAAAGUGUACAAAAAAUCUCUAAAUAUUACGUCCAGUGCGAGUGAUUUAGAGAUUCUUGAAGGAGUGGCCAAACUUUUACACGAAGACUUUUCAUGUCUCAUACACGAGCUGGAGAACACCGAUGAAAAUUUGCAUCUCGAUGAUGUUUUCCCUUCAAUUAUUAUCAGAAAUGACCAGUUUUUCAUUUAUGCCGACCACGAGCUGGUGACUACUGGCGUCAACACCAUCAUCCGAGCAGUUCAACAACUAUUGGUUGUGUACUUUGUGUAUUUUUUUAAAUACCCAAAGCAAAUUUCUAAAACCUUGGAAUUUCUUCAAAUGUACCUUUUGAAAAUUUAUCCGGAGCAUGGUACGCGAUCCAUGGCUACUAUUGUUGGUGGGCAACAACGUAUGGUUGCUUCUUUAAUAUCCAAAAUUACAAAAUUGGAGUGGAAAAACCAAUUGGUCGAAAAUGAACGAUAAACACGUCUGAGCUAGCCUCAAGUCCGAUCCAACGAAAGGAAUUCUGAUAUCCUAUCAAUCUAUAAAGCUGAGAAAUUUAAUAAAAUGAUACAAACACGUUUCUGCACGGAUAAUCGAUGAGAGAAUAAAGUAUUGCUCCUAAUGGACACGAUAGAAUGUUUUUUUCUUUUAUGAUUUAGCAAUAGAAAUGGUUAUUUAUCCGAAACAAACAAAAUUUAUCCGAAACAAACAAAAUUUGUGUUGCAUGUCUAAUAACGUUUAGAAAAAUAUGGUUGUUUGAAUUGCUUUUUAUUCUUUUUUGUGCUAAAUGAAUCUAAGUGUAUCUUUAUGUGAGUACACGCUUAUACAAUAUUGGACAGUACAUUUGCAACU